AUGAAAUUUCAUGCUUCAUACAACUUACUACAAGCAUUAAAAAUUACCACUAUUUUUGUCAGUAUCGGUUAUGCUUUUAUUAUCGCUGUUUUCAAUGAACAAAGUACUAAAGUAUUAAUGUUAAAAGAAGAGAUCGAGGGAUCGGAACAUUCACUCUCAGAAAAUAUGUACAUUGAUCUUCGAACUUUAAUUAUGUUAAAUUUCGGUGAUUUGUUUAUACCAUCUUUAAAAGUUACGACAAAGUUAUCAGAAGAAGGAGUUGGAGAUCAAUCCGAAAUUUUAAAUUCUGGAUUCGUACUUUUAAGAUCACUCCCGCUAAAAGCUGCUGAGAUUGUCUGA